UCGGACUUGGUGCUGGGCAGUUUGCUGAAUUUCAGAUUAUUUCGGAGUGAAGGUGUCAAGAUGGGAGAAAUAGGGUGGAACGGGCUGUUGGUGCUAGCGUGCGUCUCUUGGGCAAGCCUGGCUGCUGUCACACAAGGAAAGACGGUGAAAUAUCAGACAUUCGAGGAAGACGCACCAGGGACAGUGAUUGGAAACUUGGCCAAGGACAUCUCCUCCACUGCCUCUUCCUCGGGGGGCUCCAGGACCAAUUUCAGGAUGAUGAAACAGUUCAACUCCUCUUUCAUCCGGCUGAGGGAGAGCGACGGGCAGCUGACCAUUGGGGAGAGGAUAGACAGGGAGCGGACCUGCAAACACAUGCUGCAAUGCCUCAUCGCUUUUGACGUGGUCAGCUUCUCCAAAGAGCAGUUCAAACUCAUCCACGUCGAGGUGGAGGUCAAGGACAUCAACGACAACUCCCCCGAGUUCCCCCGGAAAGAGUCGAGUCUGGAGAUCUCCGAGAACACAGCGGUGGGCACGCGGAUACCGCUGGACUUUGCCGUGGAUGAGGAUGUUGGGGCGAACUACAUCCAAAGCUACCAGAUCUCCGUCAACAGCCACUUUUCAAUCGACGUGCUCAGCAGGGCCGACGGGGUUAAAUAUGCGGAGCUGGUGCUCAUGAAGGAGCUGGACCGGGAGACGCAGGCUUCUUACGCGCUGGAGCUGGUCGCUAUGGACGGUGGCAACCCGUCCCGCACCGGAACAACGCGCAUCAACGUCAAGGUGAAAGACUAUAACGACAACAGCCCGGUGUUCGACAGGAACAGCUUCUCCGUGGACCUGCCCGAAGACGCACCGGUGGGCUUUCUCUUGCUGGACUUGAACGCGGAGGAUCCAGACGAGGGGCUGAACGGCGAGGUGGUGUACGGGUUCGGUAACCAGGUGCCCACAGAAAUACGGCAACUCUUCAGAGUGGACAGGAAGACCGGACGGCUCACCGUCGAGAGCCCGAUUGACUUUGAAAGUAAGAACACGUACGAGUUUGACGUUCAGGCAACCGACCUGGGUCCGAACCCGAGCCCGGCCAUCUGCAAAAUUGUAGUGCAGGUGCAGGAUGUUAACGACAACGCACCGGAGAUCUCCAUCACUCCUAUGACGUCCAUAACGGCCGGGAUAGCGUACAUUACCGAGGCGGCGGCCAGAGAGAGUUUCGUGGCUCUGGUCAGCACCUCGGACAGAGACUCCGGCGCUAACGGGCAGGUGCACUGCACGCUCUACGGACACGACCACUUCAGACUGCAGCAGGCGUACGAGGACAGCUUCAUGAUUGUGAGUACCAGCCCGUUAGACCGGGAGAAAAUCCCCGAAUAUAACCUCACGGUUGUGGCGGAGGAUCUGGGCUCCCCUCCCUUCAGGACCAUCACUCAGUACACAAUCAGACUGACUGACGAGAACGACAACGCUCCGGUGUUCAGUAAACCGGUGUAUGAAGUGGCCGUGGUGGAGAACAACGCGCCUGGCGCAUACAUCACCACCGUGGUGGCGCGGGACAUGGACAUGGGGUCAAACGGGAAGGUCAGCUACAAACUGGCAGACACAUAUUUCAUGGGCUCCCCCAUUUCCACCUUCGUGUCGUUGGACCCCGCCAGCGGGUCGCUUUACGCGCUCCGGAGCUUCAACUACGAGAUGAUGAAACAGCUGGAGCUCCGUAUCACGGCCAGCGACGGCGGCUCCCCGCCUCUGUCCGGCAGCGCCAACGUCUACGUCCGGAUAGUGGACCAGAAUGAUAACACACCGGUCAUCACUCAGCCGCCUCUCAAUAACGGCUCCGCUGAAGUCCUCCUGCCCCGGGACGCACCGAGCGGCUACGUCAUCACACGGGUGGAGGCGCGGGACGCGGACGAGGGCGUGAACGCAGAGGUGUCCUACGGGCUGGCCACCGGUGAGCCCUCCGUGUUCUCCGUUAACAAAGCCACGGGGGAGAUCUACCUCAACCAGGUGCUCAGCCAUGACGUGGACGAAACUCUGAGCGUGACCGUGACGGUGAGCGACAACGGGAGGCCCGCGCUCACCUCCACCGCCACGCUCCACUUCCUCAUCAUCGCGGGCUCCCCGCCGAGCGACAGGACAGUGUACCAGUCGGGCAGCGGGGACGAGGUGCACGCGCAGUGGGACCUGUCCGUGGUGAUUAUCGUUGUCCUCGCGGGGAGCUGCACGCUCCUGCUGCUCGCCAUCAUCCUCAUCGCCACCACCUGCAACCGGCGCAAGCGGGACAAAAGCGGAGAAGACAGCGACUCGUACGGGGAGAAGGGCACGCUCGAGCGGGGCAGGAACCACGUGGCGGACAACCCGCUUCUGCCACUCCACGGGGCCGGGGGAGGAGCGGGCUUUGAGGGACACUCCUAUAGCAGCCAGCCCGGUGGGUUCACCUCGGCUCACCCCGGGGGCAGCGACAUGUGCUCGGCCUCAGAGGACGGCAGCGAAGUGCCCUGUGUGUAUGACUCAGACAGCAACAGCAAGCCUCGAGGGAAUAAACACGAGGGCUACUCCACUCUGCCCGGCUAUGGGAACGCCAAAGAGGCUGUGAGGCCCAUCACUAUCUGGAAGGGGAACUCUUACACCACCAUCUCUGCCAGGGACCCGGCCUUCAGUGGCAAAGACAGUGGCAAGGGAGACAGUGACUUCAAUGACAGUGACAGUGAUGUCAGUGGGGACACUGGCCUGAAGAAAGAUGGGGCAGUGGUUCCUCCCAUGGGUGGCCAAAAUGCUCUGUGGGCUUGCACCAGUGAAUGUAAGGUCCUGGGUCACUCAGAUCGCUGCUGGAGCCCCUCGGCAGUAAGAGCCAACGCAGCGCCCUCUCCAGCCCCCACCCUCUCCUCUUUCAGCAGCCUCUCCAAGACAGCCUCCCUGCCCCGGGACCCCCACCGCCGGGACAACUACUACCAGGCGCACAUCCCCAAAACCGUGGGUCUGCAGAGCGUGUACGAGAAGGUGCUGCACAAAGAGUACGACUACGUUCUGGUCACCCCAUCCAGGCCUGUGCGGGUGCAGGAGAUCAGUGAUAUAACCAUCCCUGUUUACACCCCCACCCCAACACACUGCCCCAACAAUGACGUCUAA